UCGCUGCGGGAGGGUUGCGAUUCAAACGCGGGCGGCGGCCCGCAGCCCCGCAGUUUGCCCUUUCGUCUUCACACUCCUGCUCAGGUCCUAGCGUCUCGGGAUGGCCUCGCAGAACCGCGACCCAGCUGCCGCCAGCGUCGCCGCCGUUCGCAAGGGAGCCGAGCCCAGCGGGGGCGCCGCCCGGGGCCCUGUGGGCAAGAGGCUACAGCAGGAGCUGAUGACCCUCAUGAUGUCUGGUGACAAAGGGAUUUCCGCCUUCCCUGAAUCAGACAACCUGUUCAAAUGGGUAGGGACCAUCCAUGGAGCAGCCGGUACAGUAUAUGAAGACCUGAGGUAUAAGCUCUCACUCGAGUUCCCCAGUGGAUACCCGUACAACGCACCCACGGUCAAGUUCCUCACGCCCUGCUACCACCCCAACGUAGACACCCAGGGUAACAUCUGCCUGGACAUCCUCAAGGACAAGUGGUCCGCACUCUACGACGUCAGAACCAUCUUGCUCUCUAUCCAGAGCCUGCUAGGAGAACCCAACAUCGAUAGCCCUUUGAACACACAUGCUGCUGAGCUCUGGAAAAACCCCACAGCAUUUAAGAAGUACCUGCAAGAAACGUAUUCAAAGCAGGUCACCAGUCAAGAGCCCUGACGCAAGAUGUCCAGCUUCUCUUGUGUGUUGUCUUUUUCCUUAGGUGGUCUGUCCUUUCCUUGAUUUCUGAGCUGUGCUGUUAUUUUUGUUUUAUUGUGUUUUUUUUUUUUUUUAAAUUAAGUCUG